ACUUUCAGCUCUGGUCAGGUCUAGGCAAAGCGUGCCACUCCAUUUUUCGUGGCGAUUGGACAAGGUCAACCGGGUGCAGGCAAAGGAAAGGUACUCUUGGCUGUUGACAGUGAGCUCGAGCUUGUCCAUAAGCUUGUCCCUGCGACGGCCAGGCACAUCACUAUUUCCAGCGACGCGGCCACACGAGCUGGUGCCCUCCAAGCUUUGCAAGACAAUACACCUGGGUGCACCUAGCCUGCCAUGGCAAGCAGGACCCUAUGCAGCCUUACAAUUCCCAUUUCGUCAUGAGAGAUCAACCUCUGACGCUGCUUGACAUCAUGGAGAGAGAUAAUCCGCAUGCAGAGUUCGCAUUUUUGUCGGCAUGUCCGAGUCAUACUGCCGUCGGAGAUGAGAAGACGCCCGACGAAGUCAUUCAUCUUGCAGCUGGUCUCCAGUUUUCAGGGUUCAAGAGCGUCGUCGGUACGCUGUGGGAGGUAGACGAUGCUGUCGCCAAACGUUUUCUGUCGUAUUCUGAAAUAUCAGUAGCUUGUCAAUCCUAGUAAGUACUUAGACGGUCUGACUUACGUCAUUCAGUAGGCAUCCCGUAUUAUCAUACUACUACUUACUGCUGGCACCUGAAGCUUCUGGCAAUGGAGUGUAAUAAC